UGUAAAAUGCAGGGCACUGCUCGUUUACCUGCAUUCUCCAUGGAUGGUGACUAUGUUAUUGGAGGUGUUUUCUCAAUCCACAGCAACAUGCACCUACAGAUUCAUAACUACACCACGGUGCCCGAUCCACUGCGGUGUGCAGGGAGCAUUGAUGCACGGGAGCUGCGCUUCUCUCGCGCAAUGAUUUUUGCGCUCGAGGAGAUAAACAACAGCACGGAGCUACUGCCGGGGAUCCGGCUGGGUUAUCAGAUCCACGAUUCGUGCUCCUCAGUGCCCGUGGCCGUGCAUGCAGCCUUUCAGCUAUCAAACGGCCUGGAACCAGUCUUUUACACAGGAGCAAACUGCUCCGGGUCUGGAUCUGGGAGUGUGGUGGGUGUCGUGGGUGAGUCUGGAUCCACGCCAACCAUCGGCAUGUCGCGCAUCUUUGGAGCCUUUAACAUUCCUCUGGUUAGUCACUAUGCCACUUGUGCCUGCCUGUCUGAUAAGCAGCAGUAUCCAACUUUUUCCAGAACAAUUCCCAGUGACCAGUUCCAAGCUGAGGCGCUGGUCAAGCUGGUGAAACACUUUGGUUGGACGUGGAUAGGUGCUGUCCGGUCCGACUCGGAUUAUGGCAACAAUGGCAUGGCUUCUUUUCUUAAUGCAGCUCUCAAAGAGGGAAUCUGUGUGGAAUACUCUGAAUCUUUCUAUCGGACCAACAAACGCAGCAAGAUUCAGAGAAUAGCUGACGUUAUCCGCAGUUCCACAGCUGUGGUUAUUGUGGCAUUUGCUGCCACUGGAGAUUUGAAAAUCCUGUUAGAAGAGCUUGACAGAAAACCUUCAUCUCCUCGCCAGUGGAUUGGCAGUGAAGCGUGGGUAACAGCCCCAGACUUGCUAAGAUUUCAUUUUUGUGAAGGGGCUAUUGGAUUUGGAAUUCCAAAAUCUGUUAUACCAGGUCUGAGAGAUUUCGUGUUGGAUCUCUCUCCCUCCAAAGUGUCUGCUUCCCCAAUGCUUAAGGAGUUCUGGGAGGAUGCAUUCAUGUGCAGCCUGGGAAAGAGUACUCCCGCAGACAAGCUUGUGUGUGAUGGAACUGAGGACAUGCAGACGCUCCAGAAUCCGUACACCGAAACAUCACAGUUGAGAAUUACUAACAUGGUGUACAAGGCUGUUUAUUCAAUAGCACAUGCCAUGCACAAUGCAGUGUGUAAGGAGACAAAUUUCACAACUCAGUGUGACAAAAACUUAAGACUGGAAUCCAAGCAGGUUUUUACUGAGCUGAAGAAAGUCAGGUUUUCCCAAAAUGGUUAUGAUGUGUCAUUUGAUGCUAACGGGGAUCCUGUGGCUGUUUACGAGCUGGUCAACUGGCAGAGGAGUGAGAGUGGUGUUAUGGAGCUGGUAACAGUGGGGUUAUAUGAUGCUUCUCAGCCAGUGAGCCAGGAGUUUCGUAUCAGCAAGAACCUGACCUGGGUGGAGGGUGGCGCACAAGUGCCGGUGUCAGUGUGCAGUGAUAGCUGUCCUCCAGGAACUCGUAAAGUUCUGCAGAAAGGGAAGCCCAUCUGCUGCUAUGACUGUGUGGAAUGUCCUGAGGGAGAGAUUAGCAACACUACAGAUUCCAUUGAUUGUUUCCCGUGUCCCAGUGAAUUCUGGCCUAAUGCAGAGAGAGAUGUCUGUCUCCCCAAACCUGUAGAGUUUCUGUCGUUUGACGAAGUCCUUGCGAUUGUCCUGGCUGCAUUCUCUGUUGGUGGAGCCUGUCUAGCCGUCAUAACAACAGCUAUUUUCUUUCGUAACAGGACAACUCCAAUUGUCAGGGCCAACAACUCUGAGCUUAGUUUCCUGCUGCUCCUCUCCCUGACUCUGUGUUUUUUAUGUUCGCUAACUUUUAUCGGAGCACCUUCUGAGUGGUCCUGCAUGCUGCGUCACACAGCAUUUGGCAUCACUUUUGUUCUCUGUAUUUCUUGCGUACUUGGGAAAACAAUAGUGGUAUUAAUGGCCUUCAAAGCUACACUGCCAGGUAGUAAUGUCAUGAAAUGGUUUGGUCCCUCACAGCAAAGAUUGACUGUGGUGUCUUUCACUUUCAUUCAGAUUUUAAUAUGUACCAUUUGGCUGGUACUUAGCCCGCCCUUUCCAAAGAAAAAUCUAACCACAUACAAGGAAAAGAUCAUUUUGGAAUGUGCACUGGGCUCUGCGUUGGGUUUCUGGGCUGUGCUCGGUUACAUAGGACUGCUGGCCAUUUUCUGCUUUGUUUUAGCAGUCUUAGCUCGGAAACUACCUGAUAAUUUUAAUGAAGCCAAGCUGAUCACCUUCAGCAUGCUGAUAUUUUGUGCAGUCUGGAUCACCUUCAUCCCAGCAUAUGUCAGCUCUCCUGGGAAAUUUACUGUAGCCGUGGAGAUAUUUGCCAUCCUGGCCUCCAGUUUUGGUCUCAUACUGUGUAUAUUUGCUCCUAAGUGUUUCAUCAUAUUGUUUCAACCAGAGAAAAACACUAAGAAAGCUUUAAUGAACAAAGAUUAA